UUAAGUCCCCUCAGUACAUGUUUUUACUUCGAUAACUAUUGUUAAAUGUACUACGGAUGACUUAUAUUUACAUAAAAAGGAUUUAAACGAGAUUAAUACUUUGACGGAGUUGUUUGCAAAUAUAAAUAGUAACUCUUCCCAACAGUGCGAUAUGAAUAAAGAAUCUAGUUAACAAUAAAAUAUAAGAACAAGACUUGAAAGAUCCCGGAUGGCAUGUGACUUGAGUUUUAGAGUUUAAAAAAUGUUAUUAGAAAUACAUUUAUAGUGGAAUUAUCUAUGUUUAGUUACUAUGACAUCGGAAAUAGAUCCUGCAUUAUUAGCCCUUUCUGGAUCUAAGAUUGAAAUUUUAAUCAGUUGUAAUAAUCUUGCUGACUUGGAUGAAUUCACUAAGACUGAUCCAAUGUGUGUUAUGUCCAUAAAACAAUUCGGACAGUGGAAGGAAUAUGGAAGAACAGAGGCAAUACGGAAUACACUGAAUCCUAGAUUUGUCAGUUCCUUCAUCGUCAAUUUAGAACCAUCAAUUACACAGCAUUUGAAAUUUUCUCUAUAUGACAUUGACAGUCGUUCACAAGAACUCAAACAUCACGACUUUGUUGGCUUUACGGAUAUGACCCUCGACAAAUUGUUAAACUAUCCAAAAACUGUCUGCACAACGAGUAAAAACCUCAGAACUGCAGGCGACUCGCGUCCUCGAGGGAUGAUCAACAUAACAACCGAAAUAUUAAAAGACUCUAGAAACAAAGUUAGCAUUCAUGCUCAGGGACAUAAACUUGAUAAGAAGGGACUAUUUUCUAUGAAUAAGCCAGACGUUUAUCUUGAAAUAUCACGGAGUAUAGAAAAUAUAGUUUACCUUCCAGUUUACCGAUCAGAAAUUGUUUACAAGUCUACUAAUCCUAGGUGGAGACCGUUUGAAAUUUCACUCCAAAAAUUGUGCAAUACAGAAUGGGAUCGCAAUAUUGAGUUCUCAUGUUGGCAUUAUAGCGGUUCCAACUAUCAUUUGAUAGGAAGAAAAAUUACCUCACUUAGAGAUAUGAACAAUCAACCUAUGAAUGGUCAUUACAAGGAGGUACCAUUAUCUAGUCCAAAAAAGGAGAAAUCGGGUAAAAAGAAACCAACCUAUACUGGUUCCUUACGUUUUUAUCAAUUCAGGGUGGAUUUACAUUAUACGUUACUAGAUUUUAUACGUGGUGGAUUGGAGCUCAAUUUAGUAAUAGCUGUUGAUUUUACUGCCUCAAAUGGUAAUAUAGACGAGGAGUUAUCGCUUCAUAAUAUAUCGGAUAUACGGGACAAUCAAUAUUUAGAUGCAAUAGAAACAAUCGGUUCUUUAAUCACUCAGUACAACCAUGACAGACAAGUAACAGCAUUUGGGUUUGGUGCUAAAUGGACAAACAGGGAUCUUCCAUACUGUUUUCCUUUGACAGGAGAUCAAAAUAGAUACACAGUUAAGGGAAUCAAGGCAGUAACAGAAUCAUACGAAACUGCAGUAUGUAAUCUCAAAUUUGGUGGACCUACUCAUGUCGCACAUGUCAUUGAGAGGGCAGCGAAUAUAGCAGAGAGGGAAAAUAUAUCACAGAAUAAACAAGUGUAUACUGUACUGCUGAUCAUUACGGAUGGCGUUAUAAAUGACUUGGACCGAACCAUACGUCGAGUGGUGUCUGUUAGUCAUCUUCCAUUAUCCAUCGUUAUCAUCGGUGUCGGACCUGCAGAUUUUUCAUUAAUGGGGCAAUUUAAUUCUGAUCGAGAAGUCAAAUUGAAAAAUGACAAAACAAAGGAAGAAGCACUUCGACGUAACACAUAUUUUGCAGCAUUUAAAAAAGACAAUAUGAAUACAAGUGCUAAUAUUUCUGCAGCUAGAGAAUCGUUUGCAGCUCUUUCAAUGCAGAUUUUAGAAUACAUGAAAAUAAAUAGUAUCCAUCCAAACAAGGCCAAAUUACUACGCAAUGAAAAAGAAUGGUUUGAUCCUGACAACGAGAUAGAUGACAUGGAAGUAUCUUCAAAACUUAUAAAAGUGACUUCAUCGGCCUCAUUAUCAGGAUUGUCCCAUAACGGUCCUUCAUGUCCAACAUGUGGUGCACAAAUUGAACCAGGAUCGAAUCUUUACUCAGACAUUGACAACUGUUCAUAACAAAAACCAUUUGUUUAAUAAUAACAAGUGAUAAUACUUUUUACAUUGUAUAUAUUUUUCUGAGCAUAUGGAUAAUCAACAUGGUAGUCUCUAUAAGUAUGUUUUAAUACUAUGAUACCCUAACUCUAGUCAGAUUUAAUAUGGUUGUGUGCGUACUAUUUUUAAGAGAGAGAGAGAGAGAGAGAGAGAGAGAGAGAGAGAGAGAGA